AAAGAGCACAGCAGUUUCUCCAAGCAUGCAAUGAUCAAUUUGAUCAGACCAACUCUACGCUGCUAGUUGGACAUCAUUGACGGUGCAUGUUAAAACAAUAGCGGAAAAAACAGUACUAGUCCUAUUUAGGAAAGGGUUGCAACUUGCCAGAAUAUCGCUGCGCAAAAUCCAUUCUUGAAGUCAAGGAUAGUACGGAGUACUGUAACCCUCGAAUAAUGAAUAAAUUAUUACUGGUCGUUGGCGGAAGGAGAGCCGGGGACGAUGAGCGUGUGGUGCGCCAAUAGUAAUUAAAAUUCCAAAAAGGUAGAAGGCUCGAAUGUAUCCCCCGCACCCAGAGGAGCAAACAGCCAAUCUCGAAUUUGUGUACCUUACCCGUCUUGGCCAAUAUGAAACGAAGUUACGAGAAUGCUCUCAAGCUCUUGGAGAUGCGACGGCGGCCUUGCCGUCCGAUAGCCGCUGCAGCACCCCAAGCUUCGCAAAAUGCGGCCUUGCCGAGCAGUAAUAACGUUCUAAGAGGCACACCAAGCCUAGCUGGAAUGUCCGAGUGGUUGCAGAUUUUAGGUCACUCGGACCGCGAUCUUGACAAGUUGAACAUAGUCCAUGUUGCCGGGACAAAGGGGAAAGGCAGCACCUGCGCUUUCACUCGCUCUUUUCUCCAUGCGCAUGGUUUGAGGACGGGAUUUCCAAGCCGGAUCGGGUUAUAUACUUCCCCUCAUUUGAGAUGUAUCAGGGAGAGAAUACAGAUUGAUAAUCAGCCAAUAACGGAAGAUAUGUUCACGCGCUAUCUCUUCGAGGUGUGGGAAAUGCUAGUAUCUGCAGAGAUAGACAGGUUGCCACGUUAUCUGCAACUCCUGGCUUUAUUGGCCUUCCACACGUUUGUCAAGGAAAAAGUUGAUGCAGCGAUAUUCGAGACGCACCAUGGUGGGGAGUAUGAUGCCACAAAUGUAAUACCAAAACCAGUUGUAACCGGGGUCACGUCGCUUGGUAUGGACCAUAUUUCCCAGCUGGGACCUACAAUUGAGGACAUUGCUUGGCAUAAAGCUGGAAUUUUCAAAGCUGGCACACCUGCAUUCUCUGUAUUACAAGAGGAUCGUCCCAGUGUUGCUUUGAGCAAACGCGCUGCAGAGAAAGGGGUCGAUUUGACCUUCGUCUCAACCAAUGAAGCCCUUUUUGACGGCGGUGGAGUGCUCAAUAUUCCAGUUCAGCGACUGAACUGUUCUCUUGCCCUUGAAAUCGCGAGAGCCUUUUUGAAGCUCAAGGCGCCCGAGGACACCAUUGAUGCAGAGGACAUCUCCAGAGGUAUCAAAACUUUCUCAUGGGCUGGGAGAUUUGAAGUUAUCGAAGACGGAAUAUCGCGAUGGUUCCUGGAUGGAGCGCACAACAUGAUGAGCCUGGAACAGGCGGUGCAAUGGUUUUCAAAUGCUACCAAUGCUCCCGAUAGCCAAAAGUUCCGCGUUCUGAUCUUCAGCCACUUUUCAGAAGGCCGCGACGGAGCAGCUCUUGCGGAAGGUUUAGCACAUUCCCUCUCCAAAUACAACGCUGCACCAGAUUGUGUUAUCUUCACGACCUACCAGGAGAGCGAGGGCGGGUCCAUGGGAAAAGACCGCACUGUUAAAUUAGCCGAGCCAUCUUUUCCUGAAUUUUGCGAUUUAUAUUCUUCAAUAUGGAAGGGACUUAACCCCCAGGGUGUAGUUUCAUGUGAGCCUACCAUUGAGGGCGCAAUUAAGUUUGCCAAACGGAUGGGUGCUCUACACGGUGGGAUGGAGGUGCUUGUAACUGGGAGCCUACAUUUGGUUGGAGGGGCUCUUAACAUUUUACGGCCGCAAGAUUAGCUGAAGCUCCUUGGAAUUCUUUCUAUAGGUCAGAGUACGGAAUAGCCAGGAAGAUAUGCGGGUUCAUAUAUUUCUCAGGUAAUAAAUUUCUCUAUCGCUUGUAUUCGGAGAACUAUUUUCCAGUUUCGACAUUUGAUUCAGCAAAUUUAAUAUAGAGCGGCGUGUGAGACGGAAAGGACAAAAGGACGGGCAUUGGACGUGGAGAUUUAUAUAUUGAAGGAGUGAUGAUGUCCAAUAUGGCACAGUGGAUGGCUGUAUAGCUAAGAUCAAACGUUGAAAGCUCCCUAGAGGGGUUAACUCUAAUCUAGGUGGUAUCUGAACUGGUUCGCGAAUUCAUAAGAGAUGAGCAAACAAUUAACAACAAUAACAAAACAAUCAACCGCGGAGCGAUCAGCUAAUCCCCAUAUUCAUCCACAAUCCAUUGGCAAAAUCUCUCCCACGACUUUUGCCAACAUUUCAUCUUUUCGGCACGGAUCCCACUCCCAUCGGCACCACGCUCAAUAUCCCGCAGCCACUCUUCCUCAGUCUGAUCUUCAUAUAUGCCCCAGCGAACACUAUUCUCUGCCAGCGAUCCCAGCCCAGCCAGGCCGAGGUUCUCCCACCCUUGCAGCGCUGACCAAAAGUCAUGAGACAUGCCCGACGUACCCUGGCCCAGGAGGGCAGGGUCAUCGUUGCUGAGUGACGCCGGGACACCCCGAGCCAGCAGCGCGGGAAGCGGGUGAGCCAGGACCGUUGCCGUCAAUCUCAGCACUUCAUUUGAGAUCGGGCAUGAUUCGAUGAGUAUUUUCUUCUCCUUGACCAUGUCGAUCAAAACGGGGUGUUUGUAUAGUGAGAAGCCGUGCCCGAUGCGCCUGGUCCCAAGCAGGAUGGCAUCAUAGAGAUUGUCAUCUGUGCUAUCACCGUCGCCCAGACACUCGCCUGCAUGGAAAAAGAAGGGGAUCUCCAACUUUUCUUCGACGCAUCUUUGUCGGAACCAUAGUAACUCCGGGGUCAGGUCUUUGAGCGUGCGUCCCAUGUCUUCUUGGCCGACGAGGUCGAAGCCGGCGAUUAAAUGCGGGUGUGCCUUUUUGGCACGAAUGCAGUUUUGCAUGUCUUGUGUGGACGAGCGCAUGGAGUUAGUUAAUGGCUUGCAGCCCGCAGAAUUUAGUAGAGUUUAAAACGUACUUUUAAUAAUAUUCUCCGUGCCCAUCUGCCGCAGUGCAGUCCAGAUAAUGCG